GAAGCAGACAUGCGCACCAGUGCGCACCGCUGUGGGUACGUGAGUCUAGCGCUCGGCUGGUUAUAGUUAAACUCAAACACAGUUAUUGUAGUGGUACCUGAGAGGUAGUUUGUUGUCAUACGGAAAAAUGGCCAACUCUGCCUGGUCAGAAAAAAUACUCCAACUCCUCCGCCGAAUGAAUAACUUUUAUUUACCAGGCUCCUGUCGUGCUAACUGCUUUAGGUUUGAGAUAAACGAAGCUCAGGUGGGCUGGAUUCCUCCCCAUGUAGCUUCACUGUUGACACGGUAUCCAGAGGUGUUCAGCCCGCCACACGGUAGCGCUGUGUCACUGAAUCCCUGCCUGGACUCAUACGACAUGAGGUCUGAGGCUGUGGACGCUGUCCUGCAAAGACUGAGACAACACAGCUCCCUAACCUGCCUUAAAGGAUGGAGAGAUGAGAAAUACAGUGUGAUGUCAAAAUUCUCUGACCCUCCUUUGAUGUGGAUGGAAAGAGCAGCUACAAGUCUUUUUGGGGUGAAGCGGUAUGGAGUCCAUAUCAAUGGUUACACUGUCAGUGACAGUGGGGAAGUCAGCAUGUGGCUAGCACGACGCUCCCCUACAAAGCAGACAUACCCUGGACUACUGGACAAUGUGGCAGCAGGUGGUCUGGCUGCUGGUGUUGGCAUCAAACACACUCUGGUCAAAGAAUGUCAGGAGGAGGCAUGUAUCCCAGCAGCCAUUGCUGAGAAGGCUUAUCCUGUAUCCACAGUAAGCUACACCUAUGAGGAUGAAGAGGGUGUGUUUGCAGAAUGUCAGUUUGUCUUUGAUUUGGAACUUCCUCUGGAGUUCAAGCCCAGAGUGGGUGAUGGAGAGGUCCAAGAUUUCUAUCUCCUGCCCAUAGAUAAGGUAAAGGAACUGCUAGCCACUGAUGACUUCAAACCUAACUCUGGCAUGGUGGUCUUGGACUUCCUCAUUCGACACUCGUUUAUUGAGCCAGACACAGAGUCAAGCUAUCAGGAAUUUGUGGCAGGACUCCAUCGGCCAUUAUAGAGUGAAGCUGCAGAAUGGCACUGUCAGAUGCCAUGAAACAGUUACAUUGUUGUUUACACUUAUCCCCACAAAUAUUUUGUGUCUGUAGUUCUUGUUUGAAGAGAACAUCCACCAAGACUCAGCUGAACCUGGAAUCUGAAGGCAGGAAACAUCAAUGAGUUGAUUGGUUCACAUGAUAACUGGUGAACUGAGGGCUAGAUUUGGGACUGAGCUUUAUCCAACAAAACUCUCCAUAAAACUGAACAUGAAGUUUUCCAUUGCAGCUCACAUAUAUUCUCUUCUCUCCUCUGGUAUACUUUAGUUUCCCUUGCUCAUUUUUGUUAUUUGCAUAGUAAGUAACAUUUUGUUUGUUGUAAACGUCAUUUUUAAAGCUUUUAGCUGAUUAUCAUCAACAUAAUAUAGUUUCCCUCAUUAAUUGCUGAAUAUAAUACCAAACUUGAAGAAGUCAAACUUAUUAUAUUGUCAUUAGGGGAGAGUGGGGGUGAUUUGAGCCGGCUGGAGAGUUAGCCACCCCAUAUUUCUAGGCAACCGUUGAAAGAAAUGUUCACGUGACCACACAUUUUAGUUGAAUCAGCAAUUUUACCCACCCUGUUAAGAGAGAGGCACACAGAAUAACUAGUAUGCAUAUUUAAAUUCAAAAAACUGUUUUUUGUUGUUCAAAGUGAUGUUGUUUUUUUCAUUCAAGGAUUCAUGUUUUUUUGUGUGUGAAUAAUUACAGCCAAGUUUGAAAUAAUCUCAUGUGUUAGUGCUUUAGGAAGCUACAAUGUGAAGCUAUACGGUUUGCAUGAUAUUAGCUCUAUUUUGCAGGAUGAUGCAAGUUUUUAAAAUGUCGGGGAAGGGGUGAUUUAAGCCAGUGGCUCAACCAUUGUGAUUAUUAUCAAAAUGUUGUUUUACUCUAAUUCUUCAUUGCAUUCUCAAUGCUGAAAUAAUGUCAU